ACUUGAUAUUCAGUCGAUGAAGAUUUCUGAUACUUUUGUAGUGACUCACAUUUAUCACGAGGACACGACUGGUUUAAUAAAAACAAUUAUUAUUAUAACCAACUGUACCAGUGUUUGUUUUAAUGUGCUUUUGUUUGACUGUGCUAAUGACAGCUAUUUUGUGCUUCCAUUCUUAUACUGACACUUCGAUUGUAACUUCGCGCGGAUUCGGUUACGUUCUGUAACCAAGGUUGUAUCCUGGCACGAUCUCGGUAUCCUUUCGAUGCCACGAGAUCGCCAGCAAAUAUACACCUCGACUUGGUCCAUUAAUUGCCUUCUGAUAUUUGGCUUCUCGGGGAUUUUUAUGGAUCUAUUUGGUUACGUCCAACCUUCGCCUUCUGAUUUAUUUGGCACGUGUUUCUUGGUAGCGGUGUUCAUAGUCAAUUUCGACUCGACGCCACGCUACAAUUGGUGAGUCGUAUUUUGGAACACGCCUCUGCUUCUGGUCAAAUCUUCCAAAGAAGCCAAUUCGGUGAGUCUAUGAUUUAUCUAUCCACGUCUGUCGUAUAUUUUCAUAUAUAAUAUACUCGACAUGACGGAUAACGAUAAGAAUAGUAUUAAUAUAAUAGUCUCACAUGUAUGUGUACCGAAUCCUUGUCACUUUUUAUUCGCGUGACGAUGAAUUCCACGCUUUAUUCGAGAAAUUUUCCCCUAUUAUUUAUUCUCCUCACUGACGCGGCUGCUUGGUACGGAAUGCAUUCGCAUAAGCAUUAGCGUCUACCUCCCAGCAUCAAUUGGUUAAGUUGAGCGGUUUCACUGCCAACUUAAAAGUGCUCUACGAGCACACGAGAACGACAACUGGUACAAAACCUUAUCGCUCAUUCUCUUAGGUAUUCGAACGAGCUUGAAGGCAGAUAUCCAAUGUUCCGCCGCUGAGCUGGUAUACGGCACGACAUUGCGUCUGCCCGGAGAAUUCUUCACACCAUGGAGCAGACCUAAUUUCAGUAAAUCAGACUACGUCCAUCGACUGUCUGCAUUUAUGCGAACGCUGUCUCCGGUGUCAACUCGAAUACAACAUCGACAGGUCGCUCUCUCUCGAGAGUUAUCUACCUGUUCAAAUGUUUUCUUACGAGUAGAUUCGGUACGCAAACCUUGGCAACAACCUUACGAAGGCCCUUUUCACGUGAUCGCUCGUCACGAAAAGACCUUCAAGGUUGAUCGACAUGGCCGCGUCGAGAUCGUCAGCAUUGACUGUCUCAAACCAGCAGAUGACAGUGCUUUAUCUGAUACCCUGAGCUUCAAUGCUAGACCUAUCAAACCUAGCGGGAUCCUUAAAUCUUCUUCAGGUCCCACGCUAGAUGCAUCUGAGACCUUAUUCUCACGUCCCGGUCAACAGCACGCGUCAUCUGCACCGUCUACGGACGAGACGACAGUCUCACGUCCAGAUCAGCAGACCACGCCACCUCUGACCUCGGAUGAGAUUGAAGGCUCACGCGACGCGAACGAGACUGCCGUCUCACGUUCCGGUCGCCGAGUACGGUUACCCGUAUGCUUCCUCGACUAGUCGCACAGUCGACAACCGAUACGGUGUAGGAAUAUUCCUGUGCUACUUGCAUGCUACACUCUUCUCUUUUUUUUUGAUUUCUUUUUGUUUCCUGAGCCCACGCCUUCGACCAUCUCCGUUUGGUUCCGUCGACUUCAGUCAACUUUGGCGAAAGCUGGCCUGAUCACCCACGCUCUUGUCAACGUACUCAGUCGAUAUAUUGGUUUCGAAUGCUUGGCAUACUCUUGGUCUCGAACUUUGUCGUUAUGGUCGCUUCUGGUUCAUCGGAUCAACGUGGUUUCGUCCUACGUCUGCAGCGUUUCUGGUGCGCACCCCUACGAACGCAAUCUUCAGAUUCUGGAUACAAACCACUCUGGUGUAGCAUGCCAACUCAAGCAAUAAAUACAACACAUCGCUCCUGGUACCGUUCUCCGAAAACGGCCUUCGUUGGCAACUCGACGAUCAACGAUCGCUUUCCUGUUCGCCAAUUCUUCCGUCCUACAAUCGCUCGUCAGCCGAUCAGUCCCACGAUUCAAACCGCUAUUUAUCGAAAGUGUAAACCCUUUCUAGCGGGGGGCUCCUGUAGUGACUCACAUUUAUCACGAGGACACGACUGGUUUAAUAAAAACAAUUAUUAUUAUAACCAACUGUACCAGUGUUUGUUUUAAUGUGCUUUUGUUUGACUGUGCUAAUGACAGCUAUUUUGUGCUUCCAUUCUUAUACUGACACUUCGAUUGUAACUUCGCGCGGAUUCGGUUACGUUCUGUAACCAAGGUUGUAUCCUGGCACGAUCUCGGUAUCCUUUCGAUGCCACGAGAUCGCCAGCAAAUAUACACCUCGACUUGGUCCAUUAAUUGCCUUCUGAUAUUUGGCUUCUCGGGGAUUUUUAUGGAUCUAUUUGGUUACGUCCAACCUUCGCCUUCUGAUUUAUUUGGCACGUGUUUCUUGGUAGCGGUGUUCAUAGUCAAUUUCGACUCGACGCCACGCAACACUUUGCUUAGUCCUCGUGAUGAACUACAAUCUCAGGGUCAAUCAAACUUGCGUUCAUUUAACAGUGAUUCCUAUUCUCGUGUAAAUAUGAAAGGUGUUUCAACAAGGAAUUACAAAGCAAAUCACAAAGGUGAGAUGAAGUUUGGUAAAGGUUUAUCAUGUGGAAAGUUUCAUGCUCGCAAUCCAUGUGUAUUUCGUAAUGCUAAAUGUUUUAAAUGUGGUAAGGUAGGACACAUUCAGUCAGUAUGCAAAGCUAUUGUCCAUUUUGCUUCAAGCUGUACUAAAUCUUGUAAUUUAAAUUUAAAUAAUUCGGAUGUUUCCAAUGAUCAUUUAUCUUUAUCAACGAUUUCAAAAGACAGUUCAGAGUUAGAUGAAAUCCAGAAUUCUUGUGAGACAACAGUUCCUAUUCAGAAUUCUCAUGCUAUUGUACCAGGUAUGACUUUUCCUAAUGAUUCACAUAUUUCUAAUGAAAUUACUUGCAAUAUUGAAGAAAAUAUGUUAAAUGAACCUAAUCAUGAUCGGAAACCUGAUAUGGUUUGGAUAGAUGCUGAUUUUUCUAACGAUCCUACGCUCUGCAAUGACAGUCCUGAUGAAUUUCAUGAGAAUAUUUCAGAAGAAUCAAAUCCUGAUGUCAUAUCAUAUAUUACCUAUCCUCAUAAUGUAUUUGAUCCUUGUGAAAAACCUACCCAAUGCGAAGCACGAGUACUAAGUGACCUCGAGUUUUAUUACAUUUCGGAUGAUUUCAUAUCAACUGCUGUUUACCCUUAUCACAAAAACAGUUCUAAUGUUUACUCUAAACAAUGUGAGAAAUAUGUUUUAAAUGAAGCCACAUUAUUCAUAACUUGGGGAUAUAAAGAUCCAACAUUAUUUCGUGGGGGAGGAUAUUGUUGAAAAAUCUAUGGUUCAAAUUCUAGAUAUUAAUGAUCUCAGUACAAAACCGAUAUGCUGACUGUAUACAAUUCCAGAUACUACAAAGUUUUUAUCUUAUACAAAGUCGAACAGACUCAGGAUGAACUUAACAAGAAGACGUACAACCGAUUACAAACACUUAUACUUCUAUUUAAGCUGUGGCGGAUGUGGUGUUUGAAUGGACUAAUGAUAUCUUUGUACUUGUUGAAUGCUCGAUUUCGAAUUCUGAAUACAGUACAUUCGUUGUGCCUGUGUCUUCUUAAUUCAAUUGCGUUAAUCCUGGAAUUCCUAAUUCAUACGACAAUUUGAAUACUAUACUGCUUUUCUUUGAUUUUACUCUAACAGAACAAAAUUUUCAAGCGAAUACGCUUGUAAAGAAUCAAAAUUUCAGAAAAGAUUCUCGACUUUAAAAGAUAGUUUUUUUAGAUGAAAAUAAUCUUAUAGACAGUCAAUAAAAUUCUCCUUGACUUUCGUCCCUAUAACCUAAUUAUUAUCAUAUCCACUGACUUUAUGUAUGCAAUGUACAAAAAUAUUUCUCUUUUAUACAAUGUUGUUAUCAUUCAUGUUUACUAAAUUAAUUGCUUUGUAAUUAUUACCCUUACAGUAACGUGAAUUUAUUUUCCAUUCUUUAUAAACUCUUCGGCUAUUUACAAAACAAAUAAAAACAAUGUAAUCAAUUUUCUGUAGAUUACUGGUCAUAUCAUAAAUAUCGUCAAAGAAUAGCAAAACAGUUUUCAUACUGAUAACAUUAUUUGUAUUUUUAUAGGAUUGUUUUAUAAGUAAAUAUGUUUGACAAAAAAAAUUGAGAAAUAAUGUUAACAGUGUAAAAGAAGGAAUUUUAAAAGUAACAGUGGUAGAUAAUACGGGUAAACAAAAAGAAUGCUAAAACUAAAAGGAGCUUGAGAAAAAGAUCAUAAUUUCUUAAAUGUUACUUCUUUCUUUGUUCUUUUUUUCUACCAUUUAUUACCAAUGUUAUUGAGUGCACAGAUUGCCAAACUUAACGGCUUACAAGUACAAGUAAUUAGGUUUAAAAUGGAACAAAUCAAAGUAUUCAUUGAGUAUAAUUAGUUCCAAAUAUUAUUUUUGAGUAUUGUAUAUAUACGAAUAUCUACAUGUGUAAUUGUUGAUUUGUGUCAGUUUUAGGAUUCCAAUACAUUAAAAGCUUCAUCAACUAUUGUAAGACAAUAACCUAUGAAGUCUUGUUGGAAUACAAAAAAUUCGUUUGAUUACUGUUAACUAUACAUUAAUUGUUGUAGCGGUAAAAAAUUAUUUUUAUCACAAGAGGAGUAUGCUGAGCAAUAUUUUACUUUUUGUUACUUGAGUUGAAUACAUCUUGAUGAUUGUACACAAAUUAAUUAAUGAACACUGUAAGUAAGAUUUCGCCCUAAAUCCCAGUGAGUUGUCUACAAGCCACUGAAUCCAGACAGUCUCUAAGAAAGCCUGGUCAAAUUCAAGUCUUAAUAUCAAUAAUAGUAAAGCUCUAACCCUUACAUAUAUAGGUACUUACCUACCAAACAAUUUAGGGGUGUUUGGAUCCAGUAUCUCUAUGGAUAACAAGCUGACCAUUAAAAUAAAAGGUUCUAGUCUUAAUGUGAACACCAAAACUUUGUGGCAGGUACAUUUUAGCUGACGAGUCCUGAAUUCUAAUACCAGCCUCAAAUUAACUUUACUAAAACUUGUAACUAAGACAAUAUCAAUGCAAUCCACUCAAGAUGUAUACGUGCUAAGAGAGCAAUCAAAUGUAACCACUAAUAUGAGCAACGGAAUACCUAAACGCGUCCAUAGUCAAAUAUGAUCAUUUGAAAUAGCUCUUACUGGAUUAGAUCUACUCACAUUUAGUCCCAUUAAUUUUAUAUAAUAUAUUAUUCUAAAUAUUAACGUCUUCAUUUUAAUUUGUUUCAUCUAUCGUCUCAUAUUGCUCCUCUAUUAGUAAUGGUAGUUUGCUUUAUUAAUUAGUUUUUUUAUUAUUAACAGAUUAUAUAUUUUUGAGUAAAUGUAAAAUAUAACAGCUAAAAGAACUAUUUGUCGAUUGAUCCAAUAAUAAGUUAGCAAAGAGUAAAAGCAUAUGCAAUCUUACUUACGUUCCACAUAGUUGUAAAACAUUCACUGUAUGAGAAUAUAACUAUUGUUUCUGAUCACAAAAUAAGCAUUAUAACAUCGGUUGUAAUCAUUAUAUACUUAUUCUAAAUGUCUUGGAAAUAGUUUUCCAUAGACCAAUAUAAAGUCCUAUGAUUAAAAUAAUUUGCUAAGUAAUCAUAAAACUUUCUUUAAAAUCCCAUCAUUAAAAAGUAACGCAGUUUUGAUGCUAUAAAUAUCGAUGAGAAUAUUUAAAUUCCACUACUUACUGAUCUCUCUGAGCCUGUGGGAGUAUCUCAUCUAUUUUAGGGUUCAAUGUUGAGUUGAAUGAUACGGUUUAUUAGCAACUUCAGAGGUAGAGUUUGCAGAUAUUAGGUUUAGAGAAAAUGAAAAAGAAAUGUAGCGUAAACUGUAUUAAAUCCUUAUAUGAAGCGCAAAAAUAAGACCGGAUAGUGUCCUAACACUUAAGUGAUUAAAAAACACCUGUAUCCAGUCAUACUUAUGUUUCAUUAACAGUUUAUAUUAGGUGCAUUAUUUGACUAUUCUACCUACUAGUUGUGCUUUCACUGGAUGACAGUCUAAUUAAGAGAUUAUGCCAGUAGUUCAAUAGCACGAGCAAACGUUAUAUGUUGAAAAUAUUGCGUCAUUGGAUAUCAUCGUCCGACAAACAUUAUACUCAUGAUUUUAACAAGCUAAAAUUAUGUCGCAAGCGUUAAAAGCAAAGACAGAUGAUGGGUAGCAGUGGAAUUCAGGACGUGUGUUUCGUCCUAUUUUGGACUCGUCAUCUGGAUGCACAUGCAUCACAGAAUUGAUGUUCACCCCAAGACUCGAACGCAGUAUCGUUCGUUCCAAACGCCAUCGCGUUAUUCGCUCAGCUACUGAGUCCUGACAGACACUUACUCAUGAAUAAGACAAUAUCGGCAAAAUCGAGACAAUACACACAGUAUGCACAUAUGCUAAUAAGACUGAUCAACUGCAAUCCUAAACUUCAUUGAAAAGAUUCAAGUAAACAAUACCAAAUGAGUUUAAAAUUAUGUUAUAAUAAAUUCUGGAAACUUUUGGCUAAUAGAUUUACAGAAUCAAUUAUAGUUUAUAAAUUAUUGAUCAUGUUUUAUUCCAGUUCAGGUACAAUUUUGUAGGAAUUGCAAUAAUUCUUUGUCAUGCUUAUUUGUGAAUUUCUGCAGAUUAUUUAUAAUGAUAAUGAG